AACGUGCCUUCGCACGGCAGCAGCACCACGGUCUGCCUCACGUAUGUGACAUCAUGAGAUCAGCAGCAUUGUCGAAGGCGAGGCCGAAGGCGGUGCUGGAUGGUGGCUUCCCCACGAUGACGUUGAUCAAGGGUCUUGCCAAGUUGACCAUUUGGCAGUGGAGCUUGAUUCUCUACAGUACACCGUACACGCUUCGCAAACACCCACGGACACAUCUUCUUCACCGCACGCUUCAUCAUGAACGGAAUUAAGAAGGCGCUCAGCAUCAACAGCCACCGUCGCUCCAGCGACGACUCGGUUGAGGACUACAACAACUCGACCGCCAACACCACACCCGAGACCAGCCCUCGUAACAACGCCACGCAGAAGCUGGCUGGCGAGAAGGCCGCUCACACCACGCCGACCACUUCCUCAACCGGUGCAAAGACUGCCGCAGCCAACGGCACCGCUGCUAAGACCGCUGGCACCGGCGUCCCUACCGCUGCUGGCACCAAGACUGGUACGCACGGCUCGUCUGGCCUCGAGGCCAACGAUGCUGGCCUCCCCUCCAAGGGUCACAGCGCCAACGUCGACCCCAAGGCUCUCCGCGCUGCCGGUGACGGCACCAUCACUGAGAGCAAGCACCACGUUGCUCAUCGCACCGAGGACACUCGCCACCAGCACCACACCGAGGAGGUCUUCCGUGAGCGUGACCUGCACCACCACCAGAACCACAUCCAGCUCCACGCCGUGCCCAUCCAGGACCAGGAGCACCAGAAGGAGAAGCUCAUGGACGAGAAGCGCCAUGCCGUCACCAACAUCCAUGAGCGUCACGCCUCUGGUGCGCAGGACGCCAAGCUUCUCGCCGACGUGGGCGCUCACCACCAAAAGGGGGACAUGACCCACGCUGGCCGCCAGACGACUGAGAUCGUCGACCGUGGCGAGAAGGUCAACGAGUCGGUGCACCACCACGUCCACCACGUCAUCCAGCCCGUGGUACAGAAGGACACGCACGAGUACACCCGCUCGCACACGCACAUCCCUACCCACCACGAGAUCCAGCAUGCGCCCGUGGUCCACCAACUCAUCAGCCACGAGCCCGUCAGCAAGGACCAGUACCUCCAGAGCGGUGGUGUUCUCGGUGCCAAGCACAAGGACGCUUCGCAGAUCGGCUUGCUCCACGGCGGCAACGACAACCGCAAGGUCGAGGGUGUUGCUGAGAAGCUCGAGCAGGAGCUCCACCUCAAGCCUGGACAGGGCAAGGCCCUCUAAGCUAGCCAUCGUGUCGUGCUCCAGCUUUCUCUUCCCAUGAUUCCCAGUUGCGAUACUAUUCUUUCGUUAGUACCGUAGCUUUACUUUGCUCUGCAUC